GGGACAUUAUUUCCUUCCCUUUCAAUGGCUUCCCACAGUUGGACGAACUUGCUCACUUUUAUCUUACCCCUUUUUUCCCUUUUCCUGCUUCCUUCCUUCCAGUUUUCUCAUGCCCAGCUUCUCUUUCAGGGCUUCAACUGGCAAUCUUCCAAAAACACGCAAGGAUGGUAUCGUGUUCUCAAGAAUUUGGUGCCUCAAAUAGCAGAAGCUCGCGUCACUCAUGUGUGGCUUCCUCCUCCCUCGCAGUCGGCUUCUCCUGAAGGCUACUUGCCGGGGAGAUAUUACGAGCUUGAUUCAUCCAAGUAUGGGAGCGAGGGGGACCUGAGAGAGCUGAUAAAGGCUUUCCACGCAUCAAACAUAAAGUGUCUGGCGGAUGUGGUGAUCAACCACCGAACGGCAGCGAAGAAGGACGGGCGAGGGGUUUGGGCGCUGUUCGAGGGUGGGAAGGGCGACGGGAGGCUGGACUGGGGCGCCUGGUCCAUCUGCAAGGACGACACCCAGUACUCCGACGGCUCCGGCAACGUUGACACCGGAGAUGGCUACGGCCCCGCCCCAGACAUCGACCACCUGAACCAGAGGGUGCAGAAGGAGCUGACCGACUGGCUCACCUGGCUCAAGACGGACGUCGGCUUUGACGGGUGGCGCCUCGACUUCGCCAAGGGAUACUCCACGGAGGUGACGAGGGGUUACAUCCAGCGAGCCCAACCCGAGUUUGUGGUGGGCGAGGUAUGGAGUUCCAUGGGCUCCGACCCGGUUCAAGGCCCGGAAGCCCACCGGAGGGAGCUGGACAAUUGGGUGCGGGGUGCGGGCGGAGUUGCGACGGCGUUCGACUUCACCACCAAAGGAGUGCUGCAGUCUGCUGUCAAAGACGAGCUGUGGAGGUUGAGGGAUCCACAGGGGAGGCCUUCUGGGCUAAUUGGGAUCUCUCCAGAGAAGGCGGUGACUUUCAUAGACAACCAUGACACGGGGUCCACUCAGAACUACUGGCCCUUCCCAGGGGACAAAGUCAUGCAGGGAUACGCCUACAUCCUCACGCAUCCCGGCAUACCUUCAAUCUUUUACGAUCACUACUUUGAUUGGGGACUGGGGAAAGAGAUAAAGCUGCUCGCGGGGAUCAGGGAAAAGAACGCGAUCAAGCCAGGAAGCACCGUUGAAAUAUUGGCUGCGGAGAAGGAUAUGUAUGUAGCUAAGAUUGACGGGAAGGUGAUUACGAAGAUCGGGUCUAGGUAUGAUGCUGGCGGUCUGAUUCCUCCAGCUUUCCGCAUGGUUGCUGCUGGGAAGGAUUACGCAGUCUGGGAGAAGAUCUAACACGGACUCGUUCCUAGAUCAUCCCCUUUUUCUUUUCCCUUAAUCGUUCUGUGGUCUUUCUUUGUCUAAAAGCCAAUUGAGGGCUUCAUUUGUUCCUAUUUUCUAGUAAUUUUUGAAGCUAAAUUACGUCUUAUGUUGUUGCUAUUCUACUUCAUGUUCGCCUGUCGUCAAUUGCUUGUAUCCUACAGAUAA